AUGUCGGAACUUGAUGUGGAAGAUUGCCAUGAUGCAGACUCGAUCCAGACAAUGGACUCGAGACUUACUGCUGGAGACAUCGAUUCAAUCCGCGUACAAGCGGGCAGCCCCAAGAGCCCUUUACCUCCUAACUUGAAACGACUUGCAACAGAGCGAGUUCUUCGACAGGAAGAAACGUCCAGCUCGGAGGGGACAGACGCAAAGGAUGAUGUGUAUUCCGAAAAGGACUAUGAACCAGACGAUACGAAUUACCGGUUCAUUCUUGAUCCCGAAGGCGAACUUACACACGAUGUCACAACGGUCGAUGUCGUUACGAUGCCCUGCCCCGGCGCAAAUCCUCUGAGGGCAUGGAAUCGAGAUGGACUGCUAGGUCGAUAUUUUGGAGCGCCAUCCAUGAGAGAUGCCGAAGGCCAUAGCGACAACACCUCGUCCUGGGUACGCCAGGGAAUUCGAAGGGAAGCCAACAAGGCUCGUAUCCUGCUCUACAGCCACCCCGACAUCACCGAAGGAACAACCCUCAACACAUUGGCAACCGCCCUUCUCGAAUCUCUCCUUGCCCUGCGCGUGCGCGAAAAUCAAAAUCGACCAAUAUUUUUUCUCGCUCAUAGCAUCGGUGGGCUUAUUGUCAAGCUUGCAUUAGUCAAGGCGAGCCGAGACCAUCGAUACGAAAGCAUAUGGAGAGAGUCUUAUGGCAUUGCUUUCUUUGGCACACCCCAUCAGGGAAGCAGCUAUUUUGCUAUGCCGAGCCUCGCAACAGGAAUACAAUCAUUGCUACAGCUGUCCGUACCACUCCCAGAAAGUAUUACGCAUGAUCUAAGAGUUGGAAAUGCACUGCUGGCGCACGUUGACGAAGACUUUAAAGAGAUGGCAUCGGAUCUACGAAUAUGGACAUUCUACGAAACCAUUGAUUCCAAGCUCUCUGGAUCCAUCUCUGAUCAGCCUAAUGGAGAAGUGUAUUUUACAGCGCCACUAGCUGCAGUCAAGUCUGUGAUCCUCGGCAUGCGCCAAGAACGAAUAUUCCCUAUGCAGAGCGACCAUGCCAAUGUCGCAUCCUUUGGCCGACACAAUAAUCAAACACUACGACUCUUUCUUGGCCAAUUAUCGGAACAGAUAGACCGUGCUGAUGGUGCCGCCAAUUCUGGAUUGCAUUGGUCCAACCUUAACCUAGAGCAAAAGGUUCACAUCGAAGUACAUGGCUUUUUCGACGACGUAGUGAGCGAUGGUGUUAGAGCAUGGUCUACGAGACUUCCACUCGGAGAGUUUCUUAAGAAAGGUCCAGAUGUAUGCUUGAAUGAAAGGCUCAACGAGAUUGACGGCGAGCCAGAGCCGUCACGGUUUUUGACAACUAGAGGUAGGACAGCCGUCAUCGAGCACGCCAGACAGGGAGUCCAUUCUGCACCUCCGGCCGGAUCCAAGGACGUUGCGCCAAUGACAGUAAAGGAUGCUUUAGGAAUUCAAAACACACCGCAGUCAAGGGCCUCUUCACCUCCUCGAUCGCCCGUCAUCAGACCAAUGGAUGCGCAGAUUGCGGCAGUUUCUGGUUCACCUCCACCGCGACCCCAGUCUCCUGGUUCUCAAAUAUCGCCUCGACAAUCGAUAUCAGUCCCGAAGCCAUCGCCUCUUGUCCGAGCCCAGUAUGAGCAGGAUCUGGCGAUCGACAGGCUCUCUCCGCCACUACAGCCACGACGAACAGCCAGGUCUCUUACACGAUCUAUGAGCCUGAGUAGCGAUGGAAACCCGCGCUUUUCAUUCCGAGACUUCCCGCGCUUCUCGCCUAGGACCUCACCACAGCUGCCAGAAUCUAUUGUCGGCAUGAAGACCGUGUUCAACAAUGUUAGCCGCCGCGACGAGGAGAUCGCUUCUAUUGAUCUUGUCCCUGGUAUCUUCACCAAACCGGAAGUCAAGGCGCGAAAGUUUAUCUGGAUUCACUUGCCGUACAAUAGUCCAUCUUGGGCAAAGAGCAUAUUGCAAACUCUUCAGGUGUCUUACGGAAAGGAUCUUUCUGCUAUCUACGGACAUGAUUUCUGGGCAGCGAAACAUACCAAAGGUAGGCAUGCGCAGCACUAUGCCUACUUUGCGAAGCCAGGCUGCUAUUUCUCAGCACCAAGGACUGUGGGAUCACGCAGUCAAUCAGUGGCUAGCCGGUCCCUAUCUGCCCCUCCUGUGCGUGAAAUUGGAAGCACGUAUACAACACUCUUCUUCCCUUACCUGCAUUUCGACUCGUAUAAGAGAUUGAUUCGUCGCCGCGACCUAAUUGUGCAGCGGCUGAUUCAAGGACGCGCACGACCGAUUCCCGAGAACGUAUCAAAGUCGGAUUCUCUUGAGUGUCAAGUAAUUUGGGAACAGCUUGGCCAUGACCCUCCUCUCAACUGUAGACGCACAUUGGAUCAGUUUGGCUAUCCGUCUCUCCGCGAUACCCGAUCGCGAGACGAUGACCAGAUGCUCUACAAACUGACCAAGGAGCGACGGUGCACUGCAGAUCAAGCCGCAGAGUUGCGCACUCAGCAAUCCAAUGGCGGUCAAAGUUCAACGAAAGCCAAUAGUACAUCAUGGCGCGAGCGACUAAACUGGCGAGAAUGGUUCCAAGAAGAGCCUGUGGUUGAAGAAGACGUCUUGAAUGGAAAUGUCUUGAUGGUUGACCAGUUGUGGCUUUGGGUAAUCAACUCCCAUACCGUUCUUACUUUCUUCCCGAAGCGAGAAGGCGAUCCUAUCGAAGGGCCACUGUUUCAGCAGGCCGAUCUCCGCGACAGCAUCUUCAACGAAGUCAACGUAGAUCUCGCUCGGCAAUGCGAAAAUGCAUUCGACCUUGCUGCUUUAUCAGUAUUGCACGCUACAACUGUUUUGCUAGACCGAGCAGCGCAUCCAGACUUGGAAGUGUUUCGCAUUUUUGAAGAGGCAAUUAGCGUCCUCACUGAGAAAUUAACAUCGUCACUAAAGGAAUUUCGCGAGGAAGGCGUGCGAGACAAAUCUUUCGACUACGACGCUGCCGAGACCAAGACACGAUCGAUUCGCGCCAGACAUAAAGAAGAGGGCAGGCGUGCAGAACAAGAGAACCGCGACAACACGUCUGCACUCUUGGAGCUCCGUGAUAUAGAAGAUGAGCUAGCCACGCUCCUACACCUUUUUGAAAGGCAAGGCAAAGUGAUCUCAACUAUGCACGCUAUCUACGCACGGGCAGAGCUACGAGAUCAAACGGCAAACGGGCGUGUCUUUCUAAACGAAGCCCUCAAAAAGGUCAGCGAGUACAUGUCGCAAGCCGAAGAGAUGAUUCGGCGAGUGCGAAACACACGUGACGACUACGACAAACUGCUUCAGAUGGUUCAGCGCCAGGCCCAGGUGGACGAAGUCCGACUUAGCAGACUACAUGCGGAUGUUGCCAGCGCUCAGAGCAGAAGCGUCCUCAUCUUUACGACAUUUACCGUCAUUUUCCUCCCACUGACAUUCUUCACGGGCCUAUUUGGCAUGAACACGCGGGAAUGGGGUGGCGAGAACAACCUUCCUCUAGCGACAAUUGGCAGCAUUGCAAUCCCCGCGUCAGUCUUUUUGAUUGUAGCCUCGUUGGUUGUGGCAUGGAGCACGCGCGUGCGUCGACUACUGCGCUUCUUUGGCCGUAUUGUCGUUUCCAUCGACCGACUCUUGUACUUUCUCUUUUGGCGGCCGCUGUCUCGUGCUGUGUCUGCCCAGUGGCGGGUAUCGAGGUCCGUGUCCGCAGGCGACGAGAGAGGAUCGGGUGCGCAGCCUAGUAUUACGCAGGAAGUCAGUGACUUUUGGGAUAGACACCGGCCAGAGCGGGACAGAGCAUAUCGUAUCCCGGAUGUGAAUAAGCGGCAAGGCGUGGUGAGGGUGAAUAAGCCCCGAAAGGACACCAAGGCGCAGGCUACGGAGCGAUGA